CUGGAUACUUUAUAUAAUGAAUCCUUCGGUUCCGCUCUUGAGGCGCCGCCAAAAACAUGCCCACAGGUGGUUGUUGUCACGGAACGGUCCAUUUUCUCAACCUAGAGGGGUUCGCCGUAGGUUUUAUUUCAUGUGUAGAUGGCAACACAGUUUAGUAUUUCAUGAAUAACUGUAGAUACUACAGUGGACAAGAAAAUGAUAUAGAAAUUGUUCAUUUGAUUAAAUGUUUUCUGUUUAGUUUCUUUUUGUCUUGACCCCUCCCCCAUCGUCGAAUAAACUGGGAGAGUCCAAGAUGGCGGCAGGCGGAAGUAAAAAGUUUCGAAAGUCGACUCCGAAAAUCUUCUGAAGUUUUCUGGGGACAACCAUGAAGAAAGUGCUGUUACCUCAUACCUGACACCUGUGUGAUUCAUCAUGGCUGAGGGACAAGGUGCAGCUGGUCACCCAGGUGAAAGUGCAGAUGUUCGUAAGUACUUCUAUUACAUCAAGGAAAAGGUGAGCUCAGACUGGAAGGACCUGGCCUUCCAUCUUUGGUUUGAACAACCCGACAUCGACAACAUCGAAGGGAGAAACCAAGAUGACAAGUCUCGCUGUAUGGACCUGUUGGAGGAAUGGUUGAAGCGUAACGGAGAGAGAGCCACCAUAGAGGUCCUGAUGGAGGCUCUGUCUGAGGCAAACCUGCAGAGUGUUGUGGAUGGUCUGAGGAGGAAACUUCAGGAAGUGCCCUUUCCAGUUCCAGUUGGAGCUGCAGGAACAGAGUUUUCUUCAUUGACAGAUGUGUUCCAGAAGUCUGUGAAGAAGUACUAUCAGUUGAAACUGUCUCACUUCAAGCCUCUGAUCUGGAAUGAUAACUUCACACUUACCCUCAGUGAUAUCUUCACCCAGUUAGAGUUGGUACCAGCAAGUGAAAAACAGUUGAAAACAUCAGAACCCACCAGAGAGGAACAAAGAAAACAACUGAAGUCAUUGGAUGACUUGUUCAACCCAGAUGUCACAGGACUGUCCGCAGCACCAAGGUGUAUUCUGAUUGAGGGUGAAGCCGGAGGGGGGAAGACAACGUUUCUGUCCAAAGAAGCCCUAGAUGCCGUCUCACAGAAAACAGAGCUGGGCAAAAGACACAAUGUUGUCCUGUUGAUCCGACUUCGAGAGGUGAGAGAGGGAGAGACCAUAGAGGAGAUGGUGUGGGACCAGUGUGUUCCAAAAAGAAAAGAUGUAACAAUAGAGUCCAUUGAAACAAUCUUAGAACAAAACGAGUCCCGUGUGCUUUUCCUCCUAGAUGGGUAUGAUGAGCUGCGGCCUGAGGCAAGGGCAGCCAGGCAGGCCAUUCCCAAACUGCUGUCUGGCAAGUUGUACCCCAACAGCACAAUUGUGAUCACCUCCCGACCCUCAGCAGGAGUGCAGCAGCACACCCGGCCAGACUGUCAUGUAAACAUCACGGGCUUCUCCCGUACAUAUGUGGAGAAAUACAUGCAGCAGUAUUUCACUGCUGUUGGGAAGCAUGAACUGACAAAGACACUUGCUGAACAUGUUAGAUAUAAUGAGCUUUUUAACACUUUAAUCCAGACCCCAAUGUUCCUGAUGUUGGUGUGUGUACUGUGGGAGGAGGACCAAGAGAUGGUGUCUACUGGAACAAUGACAGGGCUGUACGACAACCUGCUGACAUGUCUGGUUAGAAAGUACUGUGAGCGGGAAGGAGUGGACAUGCCAACAGAAGGGCUGCCUACAGAGGUUGCUGAGUCAUUACUGCAGCUUGGCAAGUUAGCGCUAGAGGCACUGCUGAGGAAUGAGACCCUGCUUGAUCUUACAAAAGUAGACAGAGCAAAGGUGAGUUGGGAGUUGCUGUUAAAGCUUGGUGUGGUCUCCUUGGAGGUGUCUUCCUCUAGAUUGCAUCCCAGGAAACAACUGAACUUUUCCCACAAGACGAUGCAAGAGUUCCUGGCCGGACGAUAUGUUGCUCAUGCUCUGUUGAACCAAGACAUUGUAGAGCUGCUGCAGCUCACCUCCAUAACCAAGGCACUUGAACUCAGUAACCUGCUUCAGUUCACGUGUGGCUGUCACUCACGGGCAGCACAAGAUGUGAUGGAAGAACUGAGCAGACUUAGUAAGAAGGAGUUUUCACAGUUACAACCAGAUGACUUUCACCUACCCACCCACUCCCUGAUAAUGGAGAUGUCCCACCUACCUGUAAAGCCUGAGAUAAAAAAAACAGUUGAAGCUUACAGGAGGUUUGUUUUACUCUGCCUGGAUGUUCUGAAUGAAACAAAAGAGCCAGGCGUACUAAAGACUGUCAGCAGAGGCCUGCCAGUUAUCAUCGUGGACCUCCGCAGAGACAGUAAACAACAUGCUGCUCUGAAGUAUUACUUGGAAAACAUCCAAUCAUCACAUGUCCCUGAUAGACUGAUUCUAGAAGUUUUACCUGUUCCUGCUCUUCAGUACUUGGAACAAAUUUUUACUUCCCCCAUUCCCAGGUUGCGGUUAGACCUAAGACUGAAGUUUGAAAAAUUUAACUCACCUGAUGAGAUGAUCUGGCUGGUUUCAGUUCUGAAGAAUGUUCCUGGUCUGAGGGCGCUGGAUCUGUCAAGCACAUUUCUAACACCAUCAUCACUCCAGCCACUUGUGCAGGUGUUCAGCCACAUGUCUCUGUUAGAGGAGCUGGAUCUUAGCUAUAACCCUUACCUUGGUGAUGCUGGGAUGGAAGUCCUGCAGGUUGGGCUGUCUAGUGUUCCUCGCCUGGCUGUACUCCGUCUUAAGGGAGUCAACAUGACAGCUGUAGGCAUGUCAUCCCUGGCUCCCUACAUGCGACACCUAGUGGGACUGAGAGAAUUGGAUAUAAGUCAUAAUGAGAUCGGUGACACUGGGCUGGAAUCUCUCACCACCAUCCUCCCCAUCUUCACUGCCAUGCAGGUGUUGGUCCUGGGUAGAAUUGGUAUCAGCCCUACAGGCAUGCGAACACUGGUCCCUGUACUGUGUCAGCUAACCAGACUGAUCAAACUGGACAUUUGCGGUAAUGCCAUAGGAGACCCCGGGCUGGAAUGCCUGGCUGCUAUCCUCCACCACCUCACAGCCAUGAAGGUGUUGGUUCUCAGUAGAGCAGGUAUCAGUGACAGGGGAAUAUCAUCCCUGAUCAAAGCUCUGCCACACCUGGUGCAAUUACAGGUGUUGGAUGUGAGCAGGAAUAACAUAGGAGACUCAGGGAUUGUCUCACUGGUGCAAACACUCUGCCAGCCCAGCAGUUUGGACAUGGAACAAAACCCACCUGGUGACAAGAGUCUGACCACAGCCCCUCACUGUAACACCACACUACAGGGGCUGUACAUCGGGGGGAAUAGGGGAAUAACAGGAGCCGGACUGGGGAGGGUCGCACAGCUCAUCAGCGCACUGCCAGCACUGACCAGGCUGGACAUGUCUGGUUACCUGUACACACCUGCACACCUGUCUGACACCGCUGCCAUGGCUCUGGCCGAGGCUCUACCCAGACUCCCUGCCCUGGAGCUGCUGGUCCUGUAUCACAUCUCCAUGGAGCCUGCAGGGUUCCAGGCUGUGGUGCAGGCUGCUAAGAAUCACCCAACACUGGAGACACUGUUCUACUGUAGGGAUGGAGUUCCUGAGGGAGCGGACACCACAGCCAGCUGUCUGAGGCUGCUCUGAGUCCCCAACAUGCCGACCUGUUCUGUACAUUGUCUCACUCAGGUCAGUAUUCUGUAUUUAUACUUAGGUCAAAGCAGUGCUAGCAUGUUACAAACAUUCAUAUAGAACAAAAUUUUGUUUCCAUUUAGGAUAAUGAUUGAUUUGCUUCCAAAUUCAAUGUAAAACUUUUAUGUAUCAAUUAUCUAAGCCCCAAUGCCUAAGUAUUAAGAAUUCUUGAGAAAUGCAAUAAAUUACAAUACAUAAUGUGUUCACCAGAAAAGUUAAAAUUCCUUUCCCGACACAGCAUUCUCUAUAUUACUUAAAACGUAUCUAACUAAAAGUCUUCCUGUGCCUAAGUGCCAUUUUUCUAUCAGCAGACGACCUCUUGCAAUGAUUGAUGUUUAACUGGAGUCCUUAGCAUUUAUUGCAUGUCUA